AUGGCUGCUCAAGCUGAACGAGCAUUUGGUGUCACCAACAUCAAAUCUCACAUCCCUCUGAUCCUUGAUUUAGAUGAUCACAACUACGAUGCCUGGAGAGAACUCUUUCUCACUCAUUGCCUCACGUUCGAUGUCUUAGGACAUGUUGAUGGCUCGUCUGCUCCAGCAAACGCGAAUGAUCAAACUCUGCUGAAACGAGAUGGACUCGUUAAGCUGUGGAUCUAUGGAACACUGGCUCAACCUCUCUUCAAAUCCUCAUUCAAAACCGGAGGUACAUCAAGAGACAUUUGGCUCCGUAUAGAAAAUCAAUUUCGUAACAACAAGGAUGCGAGGGUCAUGAAGAUUGACAAUGAUCUGCGAACCAUGGAGAUAGGUGAUAUGUCCAUUCAAACUUAUUGUCAAUCCCUGAAGUCACUGGCAGAUCUUCUCUCCAAUCUUGAUGCUCCAGUCAAUGAACGCAAUCUUGUGAUGUACAUGCUGAAUGGACUCAACGAAAAGUUUGAUAACAUCAUCAAUAGUCGCUUGAAGAAAGCUCACAAGACCAUUGCUUCACAUACAGCUCAUGCCUCAUCUCCUACGGCGUUGGUCACGACAAGCAACAAUUCCCAGAAUCAGCAGCAUCAGACUCAGCAGAGGAACAACCGACCAUGGCGUCGAAACAAUCGCUUCAACAAGGGUCGCAACAAUUCUCUGCAACAAAACAAUCUCCCGCUGCAACAACAGAGACAACAGUUUCCCACUUGGGGGUCCUACUGGCCAAACCCUUACAACCUGUGGCAACAACCUUCGUUUGCACCUUGGGCACAAUACCCUCCAACUGUUCAGAACCGUGGUUUACUAGGACCAGCUCCGAAACCACCUAACGCUCACAAUGCAGAGGCACACACUGCUGAUCUUCAGCCAACUCGAGACUUUGCAGAAGCGUUCAACACCAUGACACUUGCAGAACCAAAUGGAGGGGAUUGGUAUAUGGACACAGGUGCCACAACACAUUUAGCUUCUUCACCAGGAUCUUCUCACUCGGACUCCCCUGCUCCGCAGUGA